AUGAAGAAGACGAGCGAGAUCGCCGCGCUCUGCGGCGCCCGGGCGUGCGUGGUGGUGUACGACGCCGACGCCGGCGCGGCGGCGCGGCCGGAGGUGUGGCCCUCCGCCGCGGAGGCCGCGCGGCUCUUCCGGAGGUACCGGGGCGUGCCCGAGGGCAGCAGCCUCAAGAAGGCCACGGGCCAGCUGCAGCACCUCGCCGCCCGCUUCGCCAGGGUCCGCGGACAGGUGAAGCGGUCCGAGGACGCGAACGGCGAGCGCGACGCCGCGGCGCUCCUCCACGAGCGCAUGGUGGCCGGGCGCCGCCCGGGCCUCAUCGCCGGCGGCGCCACCGGCAAGGAGCUCGCUGCCCUCAAGGAUCUGGUGGGGCGGAGGCUGAGGGAGGCCAAGGAACGCCUGCGGCAGCUCGGCGCGGGCGAGGGUGUCGUCCACCCUCCCGCAGUGGUGGCGCCGGCGCCGGCACCGGCACCGAACGGAGGAGGGGAGCUUGGCGCCGGCCCGAGCUGCAGUGGAUCAUCUGACGCGAUGGAGGCUUUCAACAAGGGUUGUGACUUGGGGUUCUCGUGGAUUGAGGAGUGA